UCCGAGUAGCAGACAGAAGAAGAGAAAAGAGAUGGCCAGCAGAAAAGCCGUGACCAGAGGGAAGGCAGCUGCCAAGCGAGCUCAGCGAGGCUCUUCUAAUGUUUUCUCCAUGUUUGAGCAAUCCCAGAUCCAGGAAUUCAAAGAGGCAUUCAGCUGUAUAGAUCAGAACAGAGAUGGGAUUAUCACCAAAUCUGACCUUAAAGAAACAUACAUGCAACUAGGGAAGCUGAACGCGAAUGACGAGGAAUUAGAAGAAAUGCUAAAGGAAGGAAAAGGACCCAUAAACUUCACUGUAUUCCUGUCCCUGUUUGGGGAGAAGCUUAACGGAACGGACCCAGAAGAUUCUAUCCUCAGCGCCUUCAAACUUUUGGACCCAAAUGGAACCGGCAAUAUUAAUAAAGAUGAGUUAAAGCUGCUCUUGAUGACGCAGGCUGACAGGUUCACCGCAGAAGAGGUGGAACAGAUGUUUGCGGUGACUCCUAUCGAUGUGGCCGGAAACAUCGACUACAAGUCACUGUGUUACAUCAUCAGUCAUGGAGAUGAGAAGGAAGAGUCUUAAAGAAGACCUUUGCUGAAAAUGGAGCAAGAUAAUAAAGACUAUUUUCCACCCACUAUCUGGAAUAAAUAUUUAUGUUUUA